AUGAAAUUAAAAUUAGUCUUCUUAGUUUUAACUAUUCUAGUGAUAAACUUAAGUGACGCCAAGCCAAAAGUGAAAAGGGAUAUUGAAAUAAAUCCCGAAGAUAUAAAACUUAGUGAAUCUUUUCCUCCUAAUGAUAAAAAGUGGUCUUGGUACCUUAAUAGAAGAGGGAAAGAUUCUCAACGAAGUGAAGAAUCUGAAGAAUUGUAUAAGGACUUGACCGUGGAUAUUGAACCAAGAAGUGUGAAAAGUGAUGAAGAAAUUACAAAAUAUCAUUCCAAAAAUCAAAAGCCUGAAUCUGAAGAAGAUAAUUCAACUAACACACCAAAACAUUCUAAUGGAAAAGAGCUAGAAAAAAAUCAACAAGAAGAAUGGAGGUGGUACGUAAAAGCCAAACCUAAUGACAUAUACAAGACAGAUGCAAGCUUGGAGAUUGUAUCCUGGUAUCUUAAACAAAGAGGUCGCACAAUAUCCCCAAAACGAUUAAGAUCGUCAGAUCAUACAGCGCAAUAUGAUAUCGUUUCUUCUACUACAAACUUAAAUGGAAAAACAUCCGAAUCUAGCACAGGUUUGACUAAGUCAAAUAUAACUAAUAAUUCCACAGAGACUAACAAUCCCUCUACUAUUGGUUUCAAGUCCCAAACAACUAGUAAUAUUUUAGAAAUAAAAGAAAAUACGACAGUUACUAUCACUACAAAUAGCUCCGUAGACCAUAAAACACAAAGAAUCACAAAUAAAACUGAAAUUUUAAGGUUAACUACUACUGGUAUUCAAGAACAUACCAAAGUAGCAACAUCGGAAUCUACGAAUAUUAAUACACAAGCCUCAAACAAGAAAACUGCAACAAAAAUCACCUCAAUGAAACAAGAAACAGCGAAGGAAGACCAAACAACCUUAAAAGUAACUACAACCACAAAGCCUGCUACAAAAGAAUCCACAUUAACAACAGUUGCAACGGAAGCUACAACCAUAAGCCCUUCUAUAAAAAAAUCCACGCCAAUAAUGGUUAUUGGAACAGAAAUUACGAAAGUAAAGCCUUCUACAACAGCAGUACCAACAGAAACUACGACACCAACUGCUGUUAAAACAGAAUCUAAAACAACAGAAGCUGCAACUACAACAACAACAGAAGCUGCAACAACAACAAUAGCACCAGCUGAAACAGAAGCUACAACUAAAGCUGUUACAGAAGAAGCUACAAUAACAACAACGGCUGAAACAACAGAAGCUACAACAGCAACACCAGCUGCUACAACAGAAGCUGCAACAAUACAGUCUACAACAAAAGUCGAAAAACGCCAGGUAAUUGAUUUAUAUAAGCGAAGUUUUGAUGAACUUUCAAAGAAUAACUCUCUAGUGGAUUCAGCAAAAAGAAACCGCCAGGAUGUUGGUACAAAGGUAACAACUUUGUCUUCAAAUAUUGAUGAAGAUAUUAAAGAUUUAGGUUUACCAUCUGCAGUAGAUGAAACAAGUUCUGAUAUAAGAAAAAAAGUGAGAUCGUAUGUUGAUGACACUGACACAUUACUACUUGUCAAUGUGUUAUUCCGACACGGAAAUCGAACAGUAGAAAGGACGCAAUACGAGAGGUAUCCAAAUGAUCCCUAUAAAGAUUUAGAUUAUUUUCCUACUGGAAUUGGUCAACUUACUAAGAAUGGUAGGAAAAGGGCGUUUCAAAUUGGCCGCCGAUUAAGAAAACGGUACAGACAAUUUCUGGGAGAUGUAUUUUAUCCAGAAAUGGUAGAAGCUCAAAGUACAAAUAUGAAUCGAACAAAAAUGACAUUAGAGUUGGUACUAGCUGGUCUAUUCCCUCCCAACAAGGAUGACGAAAUAAGUAGGGAUCUUCGGGGUUGGCAACCUAUUCCGUUCAAUUAUUUGCCUUUAUCACAGGACCCGGCACUAAUGGGAUAUUUCUGUCCUAAGUUCAAAACAGAAUACAAAAAAGUAUUACAAUCACCAAACAACAAGUUGGUAUUUCGCAGAAACAAGAAGAUCUUCAAAUAUAUUUCUGAUAACACUGGCGUAAACGUAACCGACUUUGAAGCCGUCAACCGCGUAUAUUUAGGUUUCCAAGCAAAAGAAGAUUUAGGUCUAAAACUUCCAGAUUGGACAAAGAGCAUAUAUCCUGAACCCAUGGAUGAGCUGUCAGCCAAAUAUUACUACCAACUGACGGGAAACACUGAAUUAAAGAAGAUGUUUGCUGGAAAUUUCCUACAACAAGUCCUCGAAAAUAUCAAAAGGAAAAUGGCUGCCAACGAUGGUAAGUUUGGAAAGAAGAUCUACCUGUACUCGGCUCACGAAUUCAAUGUAGCUGCCUUGUUGGCAUCUCUUGGAGUUUACAACAAUCAUACGCCCAAUUAUGGAUCUUAUGUUUUAAUUGAACUUCAUGUUAAAGGGGGAGUGCCUGGAAUAAAACUCUUUUGGGAUAACUGGGAUGGUAAAGGACCCAGACUGUUAAAAUUGUCUGGAUGUCAAACUUUAUGUCCAUUAACGAAGUUUGUUGAAUUGAUUUCUAAAAUAUUACCAGAAGAAGGUAAAACUGAAUGCAAGUAA